AUGCCCGAGCUCAUCCAUUUCCAUGUGCGUGGUGCUUUCUUUCUUUUUUUCUCUUGCACCGUGCGCAGUUCGCUGCCAGCCGCGGCUCUAUUUUCGCUCUCGUGAGUCAGUGCGCUUAGUCCGCGCGCGCGGCACGCGGUCAGACGCGCUCGAGCUCGAGCCCUUGCUUACGACGCCUCCGACCUGACUCGCACCUCACCUGUGGCACCGGUCCGCCGCUCCUGACGGCAGAGAGAGAGGCGCUCUGGGCUCCAGCAGCAGAAAACGCAAGAACAGAAGAGAAGCAUGGUGGUCCUCACGUGCCGAGUGCAGUACCUGGAUGACUCGGACCCGUUCGCGUACGAGAACUUCCCGCAGCCGAGGAAACCUCUGCCGUACGAGCUGGACGAGAAUGUGGCGCUGAGCGAGCAGAUCGCGGGGGUCCACAGACUGCUGGAGCCGCCCCUCAAGUUGGAAGACUGCACUCUUCAGCGGACUGCCAGCGGCAGCUACCUAGACGUGGAGCUGUCCCUGGCCGAGCAGCGAGAUGACCUGGAGCAGCUGUACGAAGACAUUGCCAAUGGGAAGAAGCCCAUCUUGAUUCUGCGGACACAGCUGUCUGUGCGCGUCCAUUCAAUUCUAGAAAAACUGUACAAUUCACAUGGACCAGAACUGAGGAGAUCCCUGUUCUCUCUAAAGCAGCUGUUUGAGGAUGACAAGGACUUGGUGCCAGAGUUUGUGAACUCUGAAGGGCUGGCAUGCUUCAUCAAAGUGGGAGCAGAGGCAGAUCACAACUAUCAGAACUACAUCCUUCGAGCCUUGAGCCAGAUUAUGCUGUUUGUUGAUGGGAUGAAUGGAGUGAUCAACCACAAUGAGACUGUGCAAUGGUUAUACACCCUCACAGGCAGCUUGUCUAGGCUGGUGGUUAAAAUGGCUCUCAAGCUUCUCAUCGUCUUUGUGGAGUACACACAGUCUAAUGCCCUGCUGCUCAUUCAAGCUGUUAAUACUGUUGAUGACAAAAGGGGUGUGGGAUCCUGGUCCUACCUAAUUGAGAUCCUAGAGGAGAGGAAUCUCUCAGACUGCGAGCUGCUGAUAUAUACUAUGUCCCUCAUCAAUAAGACUUUGGCAGCCCUUCCAGAUCAGGACUCCUUCUAUGAUGUCACAGAUUGUUUGGAGGAGCAGGGAAUGGAGAGUAUCAUGGAGAAACACAUGAACAACAAGGAGACAGAGUCAGAGCUGAAACAGCAAUUUGCCAUAUAUGAGAAUGCUCUGAAGUACGAGGACGGAGAAGUGGAAGAAGCUUUACCGAACAUUCGAAAGGAGCGCAGAAAAGUGGCACAAUGUGCAGAGGAAGGCAGAAGGAGCCGUCGGUCAGUUGGGCAGAGCCCAACAGAGAUGCUGACACUUGCCAGCUCCAUCUUCUCCCCUGCUUUCCAGAGCCCCAACAGAAGCCUCGAUGAAAUGGCCUCCCCUCAGGUUUCUGAGCCAUCAACGCCAGAAUCAGCCAAGGCCAUGCCCAGCAUCUCAGAGUCUGGAUCUCAGGGAAGCUCACCCCUGCUGCCCCAUGUUUCCAGCAAUGGUACCGCUCUCUCUCCUGCUGAGUCAGAGAACAGCACUCCUGUCAGCCAGGAGCACUCAUUUGUGAGCCAGUAUUUUUCUCCUGUGGCAAUUUGCAAGAAAUCUCUUACCAAAGACCAUUCUCCUGUGCUAAGCAGCCCAACUCCCACAGACUCCACUCCUCAGGAAAAACAGCCCCAUCCACUUGCGGACCAGCCGCCUAGGACCGAAGGCAGAGGCAUCUUCAAACUGCACCAAGCCAGUGCAGUCUGCCCAGAUGUGUGUAACGUAAAAUCGGACAAACCAGUCCUAAAGAAAUUUGAAGACACCUUUUUGAGCAAUCUGGUUGCCACUGAACUUGAGAAGAGACGGAAGCAGCCCUUCCCUGGCCCCACACCUGAUGAGCCAAAACCCCAGAAGGAGGAUUUCUCACCUGAGCCCAACACAUAUAGUGACCCCACUGAGAAGUCUGUCACCAGCUUGACUCCUGCAGGCAGAACUCUACAGCAGCAGGACAGCGUGACAGAAAUAUGUAGCACACUCUCCAAUGACAAGAAGUUCAUGCUGGAUAUGCUGUAUGCCAGGAGUGCACCAGAGACUAUGAAUAAGCUGGAGAAUCAGGAGGAGAAGAGUGCGAUGGAGGUCGGUGCUGGGAUGACAAAGGUCUCGGAAGCACAGGGCUGUUUCUCAGCCCCACAGGCCUGGAAACGACUGGGAAAUAAACAGAAACAGUGGCUGCGUCCUCAGUGCAGCAUUGAUGCAGAAAUGCACUCCAGCAACUUGGAAAAGACGCUGAUGAUGCCCCUUUCCAGGGAUAGCCAGCACACGGUGGAUGGACUGCAGCCUAGCAGCAUCAUACUAAAAAUCAAAGACUUAGACUUCUCUGACCUUCAAGAAGAAGAGGACAUUGAUGUUCUGGAUAUAGAUUCCUUUGAUUCAGACAUGUCUCCCCCUCCACCCAUGGCUGGUCUGGGCACUCCUCCCCCACCCCCUCUUCCUCCUCCCUUUGGGAGUAUAGGCAUGGGAUCCCCUCCUCCACCUCCACCUCCACCCCUUCCAUGUGGAGGUCCUUUGAACCCUCCCCCACCACCGCCGCCACCAUCGCCCCAUGGUAUAUCACCGCUUUCACCUACAAUGAGCCAAGACUCUGCCCUCAUCAAGAAGAAGAAAACGGUCAAGCUCUUCUGGAAGGAGCUUAAGCAGUCAGACAGCCCUAGCAAGUCCACAUUUGGGCAUGGUACCAUAUGGGCAUCGCUAGACAAAGUGGCUGUGGACACGGCUAAACUGGAACACCUGUUUGAGUCAAAGGCCAAGGAGAUUCCUCUUGGCAGGAAAGGAUCUGAAGGGAAAAAGCCAGAAAUACACAUCUUGGAUCCGAAGAGAAGCAAUGCCAUCAACAUCGGCAUGACAGUGUUGCCACCCAUCCAUGUCAUUAAGAGUGCCAUAAUGAAUUUUGAUGAAUUUGCAAUAAACAAAGAAGGCAUUGAGAAAAUCUUGACCAUGGUGCCCACUGAAGAAGAGAAGCAGAAGAUACAGGAGGCACAGCUAGUCAACCCAGACAUCCCUCUGGGGAAAGCAGAGCAGUUCCUGCUCACCCUGUCUUCAAUCAGUGCACUCAAUGCAAGGCUGCAGCUCUGGUCUUUCAAACUGAAUUAUGAUGUCCUAGAGAAGGAGAUUGCCGAGCCUCUGUUUGAUCUGAAGUUAGGAAUGACGCAGCUUGCUAGCAACGCAACUUUCCAGCGAAUCUUAGCAACACUUUUGGCUGUUGGAAACUUUCUAAACAACUCAAAUGCUAAAGGUUUUGACCUGAGCUACUUGGAGAAGGUGACAGAGGUGAAGGAUACUGUGCACAGACAAUCACUCCUGCACCACAUCUGCAGUUUUGUGGUGGAGAACUACCCAGACUCAUCUGAUGUGUACUCUGAAAUCCCUGCUAUCACACGCUCUGCUAAGAUUGAUUUUGAACAGCUGUCAGACAAUCUGAUACAACUGGAGAGAAAGUGCAAAACAUCAUGGAACAACCUGAAAGUGAUGGCUAAACAUGAGACCAAGGUGCUGUUGAGGAACAGGAUGACGGAUUUCCUGAAGGACUGUACAGAGAGAAUCAUCAUCCUGAAGGUGGUGCACAGGCGCAUCAUCAACAGAUUUCACUCUUUCCUGCUGUACUUGGGGCAGCCAUCGUACUCUGUUCGGGAAACAAAGGUGACCCACUUCUGCAAGAUCAUUGGUGAGUUCUCUCUGGAAUACCGAACAACCAGGGAGAGGGUUCUGACUCAUAAACGCAAAAGGGAGGCUUUCCGUGAGCGGACCAAGACACGAGGAAAACUCAUCACAGAGACUGAGAAGUUCUCCAACGCCGUGGCCUCAGAGGCACAUGACAGCCUCCAGCCUGCUUCUACAAGCCCGGAACCCAGACUGGCCCAGGAAGAACAUGAGAACAUGAAGAACAUGCUGAUUGCCAGUAUGAACCCCAGCGCUCCCCGCCACAGUCGUUCCAUUCGGAGUCUUGGAAGCACCAUGGCAUCCAGUAUGUCCACAUUCAAAGAGGACAGUUCAAGUGAUGCCACAGAUGAAAUCAUGGACCUCUUGGUAAAGUCUGUCACUCAGACUCCUGCUGAGAGACCAUCAAGCCCAAAAACACGCAAGCGAUCACGUGUCAACAGAAAGUCCUUGCGCAGGACGUUGAAGAACGGACUGAGCUCAGAAGAGAUGGUUCAGGCCCUGAGUUUCAGCAAACAGAGUGAACAGGUGUAAGCAGCCCCCCAAGACUGAGGCAUCUCAUAUGCAACACAUAAUAGGGCAAUUCAUGUCAGUCAUGGUCAUUGUGGGAGAAACACAUAUCUGUACAUUAUUAGCUCACGGAAAGUGAGUGAGAGAGUAACUUAUAUACUCAUUAUUAUUAUUAUUAUUAUUAUUUAGCUGAUGUCUUUAUCCAAGGAGAAUUGAUACAGUUCAUCCUCACCUGACCAGACUUUGGGUCAGUGGAUAUUGGAAUGAUGGGAUAUACUGCAUAUCAUAAUAUUAUGUAUGAAUGUAUUUUGAAAAAUUAAAAAAAAAAAUAUUUUUUCCCCUUCACUAGGGAAAAAAAAAGCGCUUUAUUUUAAGAUAUCAAGUUAUUUGGACAGCUGGUACCGUAGUGGCUAGAACAACUGCCUUUAGACCUGAAG